AGCAGACCCUCCUCCUCCAAUGUGUAACAGAUUGGAGUAUUCAAAACCGAGAGAAGUGCCUGUUUUCAACUUUUUGCACACACUGAUUAUUAGUUCUUUGGCGAGCACAAGACUACUGCUUUGAAUUCUAACAAAUUUUAAAAAAUGCUGUAGACCAACCUGUCUAAUUGACAAAUAUAUUAUAGGCUACAGAACACAUUUUCAUGGUGCUCUCUUUAUUUGCUCCUACUGGAGUAAGGAAAAGGUGUUCGUAACCAGUGCUGAAUGUCACCUCCAGUUCCAAUGGAUUAUAACCAGACCAUGGCUCCUCCAGUGCCGCCGCACAAACCCAAAACUUCCCGGCCAUUCGAGGCUCAGGAGCGGGUGUUGAAGUGCGUACUACUCGGCGAUGGAGCGGUUGGGAAGACCAGCCUAGUUGUCAGCUACACAACGAAUGGCUAUCCAACGAAGUACGUCCCCACUGCGUUUGAUGACUUUUCAGCGGUGGUGCAGGUGGACGGACACCCUGUGAGGCUACAGCUCUGUGACACUGCUGGACAGGAUGAAUUCGAUAAGCUCCGUCACUUCUGCUACUCGCACACCGACACCCUCCUCCUCUGCUUCAGCGUGGUCAGCCCUGCCUCCUUCCAGAACGUCUGGGAGAAGUGGGUCCCAGAGAUCCGCCGGCGCUGCCCGCUCACGCCCAUGCUGCUGGUGGGAACCCAGUGUGACCUGCGCGAGGACGUCAAGGUGCUGAUCGAGCUGGCCCGGCGGAGGGAGAGGCCGGUGGCCGAGGUGGACGCCCGCGCCCUGGCGGACAAAGUGGGCGCCGUGGCGUACGUGGAGUGCUCGGCGCUCACCCAGAAGAACCUGAAGGAGGUGUUUGACGCGGCCAUCGCCGUGGGGAUGAAGCACGCCGAUAGGAGGGCGCGGCGGGAGAGGAAGGUGCGCAGCACUGCUGAUAAGAUGAAGACACUGUCCAAGUCGUGGUGGAAGAAGUACGUCUGUAUCCAGUAGAGAGAGAAGAGGAGAGGGAUAUUGACUAGGUCUAUGAAACUGGGACUGGAAACGUGUUCAGAUGAGCCUAUGUUGUUCAUAUGGAUUGAAGGACUUCUGUCUUAGCUCCUCUCAGAUGACCCCACAUUUUUAGGGUUGCAAAAUACUGGGAACUUUCAAUAAAUUCCCUGGUUUUCAUGAAAUCCCAGUUGGAGGAUUCCCGAAAUCAGAAGGGAAUAAGCAGGGAAUCCAGAAUCUGCCAACUAGGAUUUCAGGAAAACCUGGGAAUUUAUUGAAAGUUCAGGGAAUUUUGCAACCCUAGUCAAAAUGAAUGACCAAGGACCUACGGCUUAGUGGAGCGAGGGGAUGGACUGGGGAGUGAGAGUGUCUCAAGUUGGAGGAGAUCCACUGAUUGGUUGAUUGCAGAGACUGACAGGACUGUGCUCCAACCACUCCCGGUCUGCUUGAGCUGGUCUGAACUCUAACCUUUGAGCAGAGUGCUAUCACAGAAGAUCAAGGAGUAAAACCAUCAAUAUGAUUGACAAUACAAUGGAGCAAAGAGCGAGUUGAACUCGGAGCAAUAAUGAGUUUUAUUUGAACUGAUGGGUGGGGAGGGGAAAAGACUGGGAUGUACUCUUAUAUGCCACCCUUUAAAAAAAGAUUUAAAUACUAUAUCAUGAUGUGCUGCAUAGAGUAUGUAUUCCCCCCAUCAUCAUACCUUAUAUAUGUUCACAUCUUUUAUGCGAUCCACAUGACUCUGUAAUCAAACAGCCGAUAGAUCUCAUUGGUAGAGCUAGACGGAAACAAACCGAGGGAUUAACGUGGAAUUCAACUCAAACCAAACGGCGCUACUAUACGAAUACAGCUACAAUACGUUCAUAUCUUACAAUCGUAUCAAUUGCAUUUACAGACAAGACUUUAGAGGUAUUGAUAAGGGACUUUUCCACCUGGCCCUAGUCAUCACUGUCAGCAGCAUGACCUGGCCCCAUGGUCCUCUGGUGGUGGUCACUCUGUCAUUGCCAUUAAGCCAGGGGGUGGAGGGUUAAGCCUGGUGUGUGUGCGUGUGUUUAUGUGUGCGUAUUUAUGUGUGUGUGUUUAACCACAUGACCAACUGCAGCGUUACAUUGUAAGUGUCUGUUGAUACAGCUGCUGCCACUGUUAGCAGACCACACAGUGAGGGACUGGGCUCCCCAGACAGAAAAGUGCUCCUCAUCAAUACACAUUAAUGGUCAGACCUUUAAGAGCUCUCUCAACAAUACACACCCUCAUUGAUCUCCACUCAUCCUGCUUCAACCGGAGAACUCGGCGGUUUCCAUCCAAUAGCCACUCCUCAACUGAUGGGAGCGUUGUCUCACUCUGUCGGAGUGAGGAGAUUAGAUUGAGGAACACAAGGUCAUGUGGUGGUGCCACUGUAAAUUGCACGUAUCACGCUUAGCCCAAAUACUUUGUUGGUGUUGUGCCAAUGAUGCCAUGCGAAUGGCCUUUAGACUGCACAGUGUCUGAUGUCUCUCUUUGUCAUUUGAAACGUUCGAUUUUCACCCUUCCGUGAGAGUCGCAAGGUUUUCACUCCACUGUUGAUCACUACAUUUUUGUAAUUACAGUACUAUAAGCCCAAAUUUUGAGUUCACUGGCUCUCGUUCUCCUCUCCAACAACCUUAUGAUAACGGGGCGAAUCGCUAACGAAGCCAAUUGUAAUUGCUUCUUAUUUUUCAGAAGCCUGUCUGUAUGCUCUCUGUGUGUAUCCCUUUAUUUGGGGCAUCAACUAUAAAAUGCACAGCCACUGAUCAACCCUACAAACAAAUGUAUGAGAAAUGAAAUGUAUAUUUUGUAUAACAAUGUUGUUGUUUUUUCUGGGUAAUUGUGUGUACAUUUUUGGUCUGUAUUCAUCACAAACUAUCCCUAAACCCCCCUAAAUGGUACAGAAUGAGACAGAAGUGUUUCACUUGCUGUCUGAUACUGUCAAGGACUGUUUAUAAAAGCAACAGAGAUCUAAAUAAAUGUGAAAUCUUAACAAAAA